AUGUCGCGCUCCCCUCGCGCCGCACGCACCGAGGACGACGCCCCGCCCACGGACUGGCUGGCCGAGCUGCCGCCGGAGCUGCACCUCCGCAUCCUCGAGGGCGUCGACGACUUCUCCGACUGCGCCGCCGUCAGCCUCGCGUCGCCGCGCCUCGGCCUCCUCGCCCUGCGCAGCGGCCUGGCGCGUUUCAAGGACCCGCUCUUCGCCGUGGCGAUGCGGCUGCUGCUCAGUCAGCGCUUCGUCGGUGCUUUCGGCGUGGUGACGCUCAGUGAUGACACCCUUCGCAGAUACGCCGCUGACCGCCGCGCCAGCGCCAACCACUUCCCGUGGCUUGCGAGGGUGAGCCCAGCGCUCCGCCUCUCGUCGGAAGUGGAGGGCGCUGGAGAGCGCCCUAUCGAGGUCUGGAGGCUGCGGCGCGGUGAGAAUGGCGCGAAGCUGCGGGUGCGCUUCUUGCGGAGCGGCCAGGUGAAGCACUACGAGGGCGAGCGAGGAGCGGAGCGGCUGGUGCGCGUGGAGUUUCCCAAUGGCACCGUGCAGUACUUCGAGGGCGAGCGAGGUGCGGAGCGGAUGGUGCGCGUGGAGUUUCCAGACGGCGAGGUGCAGCACUACGAGGGCGAGCAAGACGCAGAGCGGGUGGUGCGCGCGGUGUUUGCCAGCGGCAGCGUGCAGCACUACGAGGGCGACAAAGGUGUGGAGCGGAUGGUGCGCACGGAGUUUCCCAGCGGCACCGUGCGGUUCUACGAGGGCGAGCAAGACGCAGAGCGGGUGGUGCGCAUGGCUGCCAACGGCACCGUGCAGUUCUACGAGGGCGAGCGAGGUGCGGAGCGGAAGGUGCGCAUGGAGUUUCCCAACGGCCAGAUGAAGCACUACGAGGGCGAGCGAGGUGCGGAGCGGAUGGUGCGCAAAGAGUUUCCCAGCUGCCAGGUGCAGUACUACGAGGGCGACAAAGGUGCGGAGCGGAUGGUGCGCGCGGUGUUUUCCGACGGCAGAGUGCACCACUUCGAGGGUGAGCGAGGUGCGGAGCGGAAGGUGCGCACGGAGCUUGCCAACGGCGGCGUGCUGCACUACGUGGGCGAGCGAGGUGCGGAGCGGCUGACCGAGAAACUUUCAAAGGUUGAAACUAGCGCGAGUGGAACGCGCGCCCCCUAG